AGAGUGAGGAUGAGGAGCGACGGGGGGAGAGAGAGAGGGAGAGGUUGCGCCGUGUGUCAUGAACAUUUUGAGGAGCUUCUGGAAAAAGCAAGAAGGGGGGAAAAAUCUUUUUCAAAAUAAUGAUGAAGGGAAGACGCUCACGGUGAGCCUUUGCAGUUGAUUUGCAAUGCUCAGUGCGUUUUGCUGCGUUCCAUUCUGUGCGAGACGAAGAAGCGGGAGAGUCGCGCACGGCUUGCACAGCUGCUGCCGGCAUGUUCGCCGCUGCGCACACUGAAGAAGGUAAUUCCAACAAAAUACAUUUGUGGGAUCUGAUGUAGCUUCCGUCUGUCGUCUCCUCUUUUUUUCUCCCCCCUUCCAUCAAACUGACGGUGCGCGGAGAUGCUGCACGCAUGACGAUGAUGCACUGAAUUUUUGAUGUUAAGCCCGUGUUUUGCCACCUUGCGACAAAAAAAGAAUACGGGAGGAAAAUGCUCUGUUUCGACGCCAAGUGUCAGGAUGUGUGUGUCAUUAUUGCGGCACGCCGGAGAGCUCUCCGGCUCAAGGCGAGAACAACUCACUUCAGCUGAAGAGGAGACAUAAGCCCUAGGAGCCUGUGUGUUCAUAUGCGUGAGCCCCUCUACAAAAGACCCCCCUAAAGCUGCAAGCAAGCUUUCCGUUUUUUUUUUCUCCAAACGUUGACUGCAGUCCUGAUGCAUCUUGUGAAAAGUCAGAGAGCCUUCUGCCAGGUUUGCAUCAGCAGACAGGAGACAGAGCAGACAGCGGCUCUGCAUGUGUCAUGUUAGAGGCUGGACACUUGUCUGCACCCCCUCCCCCUGGAACUCUCAGAGAAAAUCUUUAACCUGGGCUCACCGGUGAGAGACCCCCUCAGGUGGAGCAACAACAAGCAAGCCCUACUAAUUCAAUUGGACAUUUGUCAAGUGAAAGGUUUGACUCCCAAAGUCAUCCCCCGGAAACCAGGGUCAGGAUGCAGGUGUCUUUCGCCUGCACCGAGCACAACCUCAAGAGUCGCAGCGAGGACCGACUUUGUGGCCUUCGCACCGCUCCGCCCCCGGGAGGCAGCAGCGGAGGAGUAGGAGGAGGUGGCGGCGGAGGAGGUGGCGGCGGUGGAGGUGGUAGUGGCGGAGGAGCAGGUGGAGGAGGUGGUGGAGGAGGAGGGAGUGGACAAGAACGCAAUGGCAACUACACCUCCCAAGGGUCGGUCAAGACCAGGGAGGGCCCAGGGUCACGCCAGGCGCCUCAGGGCCACGCGCACAUGAAGGAGGCCAUUGGGCGCCACACUAGUAUGAAGUACAGGAACCUCGGGAAGUCCGGCCUACGUGUUUCCUGCCUCGGCUUAGGCACAUGGGUGACGUUUGGAUCGCAAAUAUCUGAUGUGAUGGCAGAGAACCUGAUGACCUUAGCGUAUGAGAACGGGGUCAACCUAUUUGACACCGCAGAGGUUUACGCUUCUGGAAGAGCAGAGAUCACGCUGGGAAACAUUAUCAAGAAGAAAGGAUGGAGACGCUCAAGUUUCGUCAUUACGACAAAGAUCUACUGGGGAGGCCAAGCGGAAACAGAGAGAGGGCUCUCCAGAAAGCACAUCAUUGAAGGUUUAAGAGGAAGUUUAUCAAGACUCCAACUCGAUUAUGUGGACAUUGUUUUUGCCAACAGAAAUGAUGUCAACAGUCCAAUGGAAGAGAUUGUGCGGGCUAUGACGUUUGUCAUAAAUCAGGGCAUGGCCAUGUACUGGGGCACCUCACGCUGGAGCGCCAUGGAAAUCAUGGAGGCCUACUCGGUGGCCCGCCAGUUCAACUUGAUCCCGCCAGUGUGCGAGCAGGCAGAGUACCACUACUUCCAGAGAGAUAAAGUGGAGGUGCAAUUGCCUGAGCUCUACCACAAGAUCGGGGUCGGAGCAAUGACCUGGUCACCGCUGGCAUGUGGAUUAAUCACUGGAAAGUACAGCGAUGGGGUACCAGAGUGCUCCAGAGCAGCAAUGAAGGGCUACCAGUGGCUGAGGGAGCGGGUGAACAGUGAAGAGGGGCGCAGGCAGCUGGCCAAAAUCAAGGAGCUCCACCUACUGGCAGACAGGCUGGGAUGCACGGCUGCACAGUUGGCCAUCGCGUGGUGUCUUCGCAGUGAAGGAGUCAGCUCAGUGCUUCUGGGUGUUUCAAACACAGACCAGCUAUUGGAGAACCUGGGCGCACUGCGGAUUUUGUCCCAAAUGACUCCCCAAACAGUCACAGAGAUGGACGCCGUGCUGGGAAACAAGCCUCACUCAAAGAAAGAGUCUCGCGCUUGAACUUCCUCCGUCUGAGGAAAAGCAAGAAGAACCACCAAGAAGACAAAAAGACUUUGCUUUUUCUCUGCCGUGUACUCAACAACUUGCAUGUCCUCAGCAACAUUAUGCUUCCAGAAUGAGCGCAGAAACCAUUGUGCGCAAUACAUUGUAUUAUGUAUGGAAACAAAAAAAAAUCUUGCAGUUGUUAAUCAGAACAAAAACAGGUCAUAUUAGUACUCACUGACUGGAAAAUGGUGUCUACAGUAGAGGAGGUCAAAGGCUAAAAUGAGUGGUUCAAAAGCAAAUAUGGACUUGGACUAAGAAAAGGGGAACCUGACUGAGUCAGCGGUGCGUUGGCGACCUCCUUCUAGCUGCAUCUUAAAUGUCUGAACUGUGUGCCCAGCAGCAGAAGAAGAACCGAAGGUGCCGGAAGUUGAUUCAAAUGUGUCGUGCCCAACAUUUGUGUGCAUGCGACUGGUCGGGCAAGGAUUCGAUGCUUUAACCAGUUUGGGCACGAUGGAUUGCUUCACUUGUGAGGUUAAAAAAAAAAAGAUGACAACACAUGCUUUUUAGAAAUAGGCAGAUUACUCAGAGGUAUGAAAAAUGCACUAAGAACGUGAAAUUAUAGUUUACAAAGUUUUGCGGAGAAUUACUGCUCUUAAAGAAAAUGGAUGCAUUUCAAAAAAGUAGCAGACAGUCUUUGGAUUAUCAUGUGUAUUUUCACGCAUUACUUUAAUGGGGUCAAAGCGGGUUGGUCAACGUCCAAGUACAUUUCACAACCCUGCUGGUCUCUUGGCAGUGUCUUUUUUGCCUCAUCUGUGCGCAUGUCCCUUUAAAAA